UGUUGUAUUUUAUCUGUUGCUGCCUAUUACUCAUCAUGGACCACGAUUAGGAAGACGUAUUGUUUAUUUCUCUCGUAUUUUAAAUCCUCAUGAUGGGAUUCUAAAGUUUUUUAAAGCGCUUGCACACCACAGUGUGCCUUCACAAGUUAUAAAAAUGUUUGCCAAAAUGGCGUCGUCACCCCAGGACAGCUUUGUCCCUCACUUGCGAUUAUCAUCAGACAACAACAUCUCUCGCCUUGAUUUCAUCUCUUUAUCCCUGAAACGUAACCUCAACAAUGAUGAGUACGAGCGAAUGGGAUUGGUCUUUGGCUUCGGCCGACGGCCUUCUAACAUGUAAUGAAAAGUCUUUGCUGCUCGAAGUAGAUCUCUUCCAACAUGAUGACGAUCUGUUAAAGAACUUCGGCGCUGGUACCAAAUUCGAGCCCAGCGGUUACUUAACGGAUGACGUGUCUAACACCUUGUAUCCGCCAUCACCAUCCGAAUCCAAGCCCACACAAGCGGAGUUGGCGAGCGAUCUUUUGCAGCAGCUCGAAACACAAUGUAAACAAGAAAACAUAUUUUCCAACUGGUUGGAAGAGAAGGUGGACCUGCCCAUCUUCGAGAACAUCUCCCAAGUACCGGACCGCGUUGAGGUGCCUCAAGUAGCAGCGGUGCCUCCAUACUCUGCUAUUCCGAUCGCGCCGCAGCCCACAGAAGAUCUAUUGCGCGAGUUUGAAACCGUCUACGGCGCUGUGGAACUAACGCAUCUCACUCCCCCACAAAGCCCCCCCGGCCCAGCUACCCAGCUUCUCCUCAGCUACGCCCAACAGGCUCAGAGCGCUGCCCCACUACCACAGCAAGAUCAAUGGCCGGUUUCCAUCCCGCCGACAGUGCCGGAUUAUGAAUACCAAGCUCUUGAAGAUCUAGUUCGUCACCGCGCCGCGCAACUCACGUCCCCCAUUCCAUCCGGCGAUAGCGCCACUCCUGCUUCUUCCCCUCCCUCCUCCCCCCGCUCCUGCUCCACUGACGACGAGUGGAGCUCCUGCCGCCCAAAGCCCUAUACCCGCAACGUCGACGAUCGCCGCUCGCGGAAAAAGGAGCAAAACAAGAACGCGGCAACCCGCUAUCGCCAAAAGAAGAAAGCAGAGAUCGAGGUCCUCCUCAACGAGGAGCAAAAUCUCCGUCAGCGCCACGUAGAACUCGGCGACAAGUGUUCGGACCUUCAGCGUGAGAUCAAAUACCUAAAGGGCCUCAUGCGUGACCUCUUCAAAGCGAAAGGACUAAUAAAAUAAAUAAAUUUUUGGUUCGCCCACACAUGCGAAAGAUUUAUCCCUACUGCGCCGACGCGCCUGAAAUUACAGAUCUAAAGGAAGUUAAGGAGCUUUUGACGUUAUGUUUAGGUUUAUGUUGUUAAGCUAGAUAUAAUACAUCUUUGUUUUAACCUUCGAGCAGCAUUCAUCAUUCAUGUCGAGAAAUAACAUCUUCUCAUAUAAUCGCAAGUGGCGCCAUUACACCAUUAAUCUUUAAGAGGAUAGGUUGCAUUCGUUGUCAUGAAAUCAUGAAUUAUAAAAUUAUACUAAUGAAUUUUAUCAUUUACCUGUUUUAAUCUAUUUCAUCUUAUUUUAUUUCAAAAUCUGUUCUUGUUUUCAUACAAUAAAUGGAAUGCGACGGCGGAA